GGCUGAACCAGACAUCACCAGCAUAGUGCAGCAUACACCUAAACCGGCUACUACAACAAAAGUAGACCAUGAAAUGGUCGAGGCUGAUUCACCGCAGCAGCAUGCCUUCCUUAAUGGUGGUACUUCAGAAAAGUUAUAUAAUGUUUCUGUAAUCCCUGAAAGUCAUAGUGACCCCCCAGAAAAGACUGUCGAGAAGGUUGCCAUUGAUCAUCAUAAUGGUGACGCGGAGCGCGCUCUGAAACUCGGUGAUGGUGGCGUUGAAACUGAACGGACGAAGAAACGCCAAAAUAUGCUGACAAGAACGCUAUGGACAUUCAUCAUGAUAGGAGGUUUCAUCGGUCUCCUGCUCAUGGGACAUGUGUAUAUGAUCAUACUCGUUAUGCUAUGUCAAACCUUGGUGUACCGAGAAGUCACUGCUCUGUUUUCUCUGAGGAAUACUGCACCGGAGUCUUCAGACGUCGAGACAAAAGGAAAGAAAGAUCCGUGGAGUAAAACUCUGAACUGGUAUUUUUUUGCCGUCACCAACUACUUUUUAUACGGCGAGAGCAUUAUCUACUAUUUCAAGCAUGUUGUCUUUGCAGAUGCGCAGCUGUUGCCAUUUGCUACUAAUCAUCGCAUCAUCAGUUUUACUUUAUAUACCAUUGGUUUCAUGGGUUUUGUUAUGUCCCUCAAACGUGGCUAUCUCAAGCAGCAAUUUGGCCUCUUUUGCUGGGUCCACAUGAGCUUACUCCUCAUUGUAGUCUCAAGCCAUUUCAUAGUAAAUAAUAUACUGGAAGGUCUCAUCUGGUUCUGGGUCCCUGCAUCUCUAGUUAUUUGCAACGAUGUAUUCGCUUACAUCUGGGGUAUCACACUCGGAAGGACACCCCUCAUCAAACUUUCACCCAAGAAAACUGUCGAGGGUUUUGUAGGCGCCUUCUUUAGUACUGUGAUCUUUGGGAUCAUCUGGGGAUCCUAUUUCAUGCGCUUUGAUUACAUGAUCUGCCCCGUACAUGAUCUUGGUGUCGAUGCAUGGUCGUCGGGACACUGCACUCCUAACCCUAUAUUCAUCUGGAGAGAAUGGCAAAUCUGGGCUCCCCUGAGAGUGUUUAUCUCGCCUAUUCUCGGGAACGCCGUGACCACUAUACCGUAUGUCCCAUACCAGUUUCAUUUGCUUUGCAUGUCUGUUUUUGCAUCGCUCGUCGCACCCUUCGGUGGUUUCUUUGCUUCCGGCUUUAAACGCGCUUUCAAUAUCAAAGACUUUGGACAUAGCAUACCUGGACAUGGAGGUAUGACAGACCGUAUGGACUGCCAAUUCCUCAUGGGUGUUUUCACAUAUGUCUAUUACAGCAGUCUCAUUAGAGAACAUCAUGUUACGGUGGGCUCAAUUCUUCAGAUGAUUGUCAGUGGUUUGACGAUGGAGGAACAACUCGAGUUGAUGAAGGACUUAAGGAGGUAUUUGCAGGGCCAAGGGAUUAUGACAGCAUGAAAGGGUUAAUUAUGAACACUCAUUAUUUUUCAGCUCACGAACUAUUUGUAUUUACCGGUUUUGCACCAUAAUCAUAUGCAGUGUCAAAUUGCUUAUUAUUCUUAAAAGUGGUCGCCAAUGUCCAAUGUCCAAUGUCCAAUGUCAAUUUCCAGCUAUGAACCAUGCGUUGCGUACCAUUUUAUGAUCUCAUUGAGGAAGGACAUAUAUAUGCAAUACAGGCAUGAUCAUAAUGUGGAACGAAAACAUGGCAGUGGAAACGUAAGAGAGUAACCCAAUCUUUAUGACCUUGGCUUUUCCUUCUUUCCUUCCAGAGGGCCAAAAGACCAACACCAGACACCUUGACGAUCUUAAACCGUACUCCUGGAAUAUCACCCUUGGCCUUUCCGCUACGACCGAAACCAGAGAUGAGUACUUCAUCGUUUUCAUCUACGAAGUUCAAG